GUUCCAGGUGGGUACGAAUGUGAUCCGUGCGCUGAAGAUAUUGAAGUUCUUAUUAGCAAAGAUCGAGCCGCUGGCUUCCAGACUCUGACAAACAAAUCGGACGAACUAAAAAAGUGGAAAAGGACCUGGUACCGAUUUACUGGUGAGGCUGGAGACAAGAUGGCUACUGCGUGAGUACUUUCUCAGUUUGUUAUAUGAAGUCUCAUUCAUAGCGACCUACAGUAGAUACUCGUUUUCCCUGUAUAUUGUAAUUCAGAACUGAAACUACGAGGGCGUAGCCACCUGUACGCUGUGUAUGCACGUGCGUACCUGAUAAAGUCGAAGGCAAAAAAUAAAACUUAAUUAAUAUAAUAAAAACGAUAGCGUGAAAGAAAAGCAAAGAAUUUUACAGCUUACUUGCGCUAUUUCAAAGUCAGUACUGAAAAAAGUCCUGACUUACGGCAUAACUCCUCUUGAUUUGCGACUUUAAGGGGGCCGGAUGAAGCGGCAGGGAGAUUUUGAAAAUUGUGCGAACCUCUGGAAAAAUUCCCUCUCAACCGCGGCUGAAACGUUUCGGGACACGUUCUAUCUUCCGUAGUUUUCGUGUGGGAUCUGUUAAUAAACAAAGAAUUGGGCGUUAUUGGCAAUUAACUGACUCCAAACAGCCAAUGAAAUUCUGAGAAUUUGGCAUAAUACACUGGGUUUGAUUUAACACAAUAGAGAAGAGAAGUAUGACGUCACGUUACCAUGGUUGCAAAAUUUCUGGAUCACAACAAUAGACCUCUUUAGCUUGUACGUUUUGUUUUCCCUGGGACCUUCAUUAGGAAAAAAAAACAUACAAGCUAAAGAGUUCUAUAAGGACCUUAAGGAACGACGACGGCAACGGCAACAAGAACGGCAAAAAAAGAAAUAGGUUUAGAUUGGCAGAACAACAACUUUGCACGUGCAUCACACCUUUUCUUAGCCUUCGUUGCACAACUGCGACAUGAAUAUUCUUAAUUUCACGCGCCCUCUUUGUGGAGGUAGGUGAGAACACAACAAAAUUUUUUUUUUUAAAUUUCUUUUUCUAAACUUAGAUAUGGUCCUUUCGGAUUCAACCCCAGAAAAUUUCCCAAACAUCUGACAAAUUAAAUGAAACUAAUAAGGUCGAUGAAGUUUGAAACAAUGCGAAUCAGUCACUUUAUGUUUGCGGUUUGUUUCUUGUCCAGAAAUUUGCUACCAUGGAAGCUUGAAGUAACGACUUUUCCUCUCUAUUUAACGCAAUUCUAAUAGUUUAACUCUUUAAAUGGAAAUUGGACCUUUUCCUUUAGUGAUUCAAAUGGAACGGACUGCAUAACUUCUCCUUCUUGCGGUGCUAAGUUUCCCGGUUAUCUUGACGGUGAUCAUCCGGCUGAUUUGAAAGUUGGAGAAAGUGUGAAGAGAACCGUGUGCUUCUCAGAUGAUCGGGAUUGCUGCGUGAGGAGGCAGGAAAUAGAGAUACUGAAAUGCAAAGACUUCUUUAUUUACAAGUUGCCGAAAGUUCCCUUCAGAAGAGCAAGGUAUUGUGGGAACAAAGGUAAGAUGCCGGGAAAUUUCUGAAUUAACUUAUUCAAAUCAAAGGAUCGGAAACGAAUAUGUCGCAGAAAGUAGGAUCUAUAGUGACCUGAUCAGCAAAAAUAACAAGUAGACAUAUUAAAUUCUGCAAGCAGAAUACUGCAAUGCUGAUCGUACCACGUGAAAAUGAACUUUGUAAGACAUCAACACGACACCGAAACAGAUCUAUUGCUACAGUCCCGCUCUGUUUUCACGGGCACCCAAUUGACCUGUUCCUCUUAAUAUAUGUUCUUCAGGCAAUUUUUUGCUGGCUGGGAUAUUUGGAAAAAAUAAUAUGAUCGUGGAAGGAAAGUGAAAGUGUUACUGAGAAAUAGACAAUUCAGGGUGUCUGAGGAAAUUUGGUUCUUUGGUGUCUCAAAUAGCUGGUAUGUGCUAUUUGUCACUGACGGGCUGAAUUUUUCCCUAUGACCAUACCCAAACUGGCCAGUAAUGUCUAGACAUACGAUUGCUGGGAAAACGUCCCAGUAAGUCAGGUUACAGGUUGUAGGCGCACCUUGCUGGCUGGGAACUCUUCCAUCAGUCUAGCUGGGAGUGAGGAACAGAUAAAUCAUUUUCCCAGCAAUCUCCCAAAAAGUUUAAAAUGGUUUCAGAAAGCUUUAUUCAUGUUUUGCUGUUGUUUUUAGGUCUUUUUCUCAAAUUUCUCGUUGGGUGCCCCUGUGUUUUGGGUUCUUUUGGUGUCGUGUUGAAGGCUUGCAUAGUUAAUUUUCACAUAGUACGAUCUUCAUUGCAGUAUUUUGUUUGCAGAGCUUAAUAGGUCUCUUCAAAUAGUAGUUAAUUAUAAUAAUUUUCUUUAUGUUUAAGGUCAAAAGGAACCUGAAAAGUGCGACGAAAAGGAACUUCUGUUUGGUGAGACAUAGAUUAAAAAAAAUAAAAAAAUAAUAAAAGAAUUUUUGCGCAUUUUCGAACACAGCACUUAUUAAAUACAUCAUGUAGUGUUGACUUUUUGGCUGUCCCUCGAAACGAUCCGAAGAAAUUCACACUCAUUCCCGUGAGGUAAAGCGCCUAAUAAGCGUGAUCCAGUAAGCCAAUGAGAAAGCUAGAAAUGUAUUUUUCAAAAUAACCCUCUAUUGCAAAUGGAAGUAAGAAACCUACCGACGCAGAGCUCAGUUCUAGACUUUACACCUUUGAUCAUAUGCUUAAGGCUUAUCUCCCGAAUUGUAUGCUAAUUUGUAGGACUGUCCAAGAAAUACGCUGCCAAAUCAUGUAAGGACAUUCAAGAGAAACGUCAAGACGCCCCGUCUGGUGUAUACUGGAUUCAACCCGAUGGUGAUAACCCGGUCCAGGUUUACUGCGACCAGGAAACAGACGGUGGAGGCUGGACACUAGUGUACAGCUACACCUUCACAAACUUUAAGUAAGACACUUUGAUUCCAAAAUUAUUAAAUGCAGAGAACCACUGGCUCUGUUGAAUGUUUUAUAUAUCGUGUUUUUACGCUAAAUUAUUUUUGUUCAAGCAAAAUUUAAAAAGGAUCAGUUAAAAAAUGAUAAAGGUAGGAUAAAGCAAAUGCCGCGUUCUGAUUGGGUAUUGGGGUAGCCGGGGGUAAUUACUUAUGUGGCCUUAUAUGGCCUCAACAGUUAUGUAACCAGGAACACAUACGUGAAUAACAUUUCAAUAAGGUAAUUAGACCUCACAAAUUAUGUUUUUUGUUUGCGCUUGAAUGCAUCGGCUUCAAUAACAUUCGGCUCACGUGGGUAUAUUCAUCGCUCCCUUGUCAACAUUCAGCGAUCUGACCAAUCAGUUCAUGAUACCAGAAUCUGAAUCCAAGCUCCCCCGGCUUUUUUUCUCCCCCAGUCCACUCUGCUUCCGCCCCCAUUACUUGGGAGACUUUUCUUCAAUGCUCUCCCUCCCCAACUUCCCAGGCUAUGAGUCCAGCCGUUUUAAUUUCACGUUUGGUCAGUAACAAUAAUAAUAAUAAUAAUAAUAAUAAUAAUACACUUUAUUUAAAGAGGGUAGCACGGAAUAGUUACAGAAACUAGUAAACUUGUGGCCCUCUAUCUAAAUUAAAAUUACAAAAAGCAUAAGAUUCAGAAUAUACAAAGUCUAAGUACAAAAUGAAUAAAACUAAGGAAAUAUAAAAGUUCUACCUCAAUAUGAAUGAGUAUAAAAGCUAAUGAUACGCCUAGUGAAAUACAUACAAGAAUAUGAUUAAACUAUGAAAUUGUGUAAUUCCUGCUGCUCUUUAAAUAAGAUAUUUCGAUAAUUAUUCUAGUGAUACUGCAUUUCUAAGGUCUAGACUUAAGCUGUUCCAGAGUUGGCAAGUAGGAACUGCGAACGACCUACCGCCUUCGGUGACCCGAUUAAAUUUUGGGCAAAUAAAAUUUAUAUUGCUAUAUCUAAUUACACGACUAUGUUGCUGACUGUUGAGUCUUAAGGAGUCUUCAAUAUAUAAGGGAACUUCACCCUUGAUGCGUUUAUAUGCCACACAACAUUUAGCUAUUUUCACUUCUUCAUAAAAAGGAAGCCACUGUAGACUAUUAAAAAGCUUAACACUAGACGCCUGGUUAUUAGCGUUGGAAAUUACCCUUGCUGCUCUCUCUUGUAGCUUAAAAACACGGCUUAAAUUCUCCCUAUCACAACUAGUCCAGAUUGAACUGACAUAACGCAAUAAAGAUCUUAUGAUAGUAUUAUAAUACAAUAGCCUUUGUUUCGUGGGCAGGCAAGAUCUUAUCUUUUUUAAUACGCCAAUUCGCUGAGACAGCUUUUUAACAUAUGUUAAGGUUUAUGUUGACGAUGUUGAUAACUGUUUUUCCUCAGGUCUUUCAUGUCCGGCUCCAACGCGGUCACGCCACGCCCAAACUGGCCAAUCAACCCGAUUUACGGAAACGUAAUCAUCUCUACCACCCCUCCAGUGAGCGAAACAGACUACAAUGCCAUGAACUUCAGCUACUGGAAAAACGUGGGUCGCGAGUUCAUGAUCAAGUCUAACAUUAACCAUUGGAUCUCUUGCAAGUAAGAAUUCUCCACUUCAGAAACUGUAGGGAGAAUGGGUACAAGCUUUGUGUGCAGUGAUUUCUGGGAAGGACAAGUGUUAGUUAUGAUUGGUCGAUAAUAUUCGAAGAAAUCUUUAACCAAGCAUAAGAAAUGCUUGUCCACCCAGACAAUCCCAGAAAUCUUUACGCCGAUUCCCCUUAUAGUCUUUGGAAUGGAAAAUUUGCGUUGGUUCUGCGAAAUAAUCUUAUUAUCUAUUGUUCGUUUGUUUAACUGGUUUAUUUUUUUUUUACGUUGUACAAUCAGUAAAUUGUUUGCAGCACUAAUUUUAAGAAAGCAUUGAGUCACUUUGGAAAACAAAAAUUUAAGUUGAUUACCUCAAAUGAAAGUUUAUGCAUUAAAAUAAAUUUUCUACCGACCAAUCCCUUGAGAGCUUGAUGCCGUGAAGGUGACGCAGUAGAGUAGGUUAACAAACAAAAGGCUCUGGUUUAUGAGCUUGGACUAGUGUAUGUACUAUUCUUCGGCACUGGACGAAAAAAAUGGAUUUGCACAAAUUUGCUCCUUGCAAAUAUGUUGCAAAUACUGAGGAGUAAAUAUAGGGUGUAAAUAACUAGGCAAAUGUGGCAUUUACCAUGUUUGCCAUAUAUUUCAGUAUUUAUAUAUUUGCGACAUGUGCAAGGAGCAAAUUUGUGCAAAUCCAUUUUUUCGUCCCGGCAGGUUUUCUUUAAAAAGUUCCGUCGGGGACUAUUGUCUCUGCAUUGUCUCUUGAAUGAGAGAGAACAGUGUCGUUUUCAAGACAAUGUCGUCUUUUUCAUUAUCCUUUAAGGUGUUUCGAUACCGUUUUUCAGAGGCCAUACCGAUAUUUUUCAAUCGUCUUAAAAGUGGUUUUUCCCUUGUCUGAUCGCUAUAAAAUUGUCACUAGUAAUUGGCUAUGGAUUGAAAUUUGUGAAAAUGUAGUUUUAAGUCAAAUCGAUAUUACUAUGACAACAAUAAUAAAAAAACUUUGAAACUGAUAAAAGCCGAAUUUUGUGUGAUCUAGACCAGCUACUGAAAAUCCAACCCUAGAAACUUAAAGUCUGGUGUUUAGCAAACAAUCUCUGUAACAAGUAAAAAAUUCUGUAUGUUUGAAUUCGACUAAAACGAAAAUAUAUUUCAAACCUCAAAUUUUUUAAUAGUUGUGAUAGAUUAUUUAAUAAAAACGUUAUAAAUGACUCAAAUUAUUCUUAAGUAGCGUCAGAAUGCUGCUUAAUAUCAUAUUUUGAUGCUAGGAAAUUUUGGUGUAUUAUCGUUCUUGCGAUCUUGAAAACUUAACUAACCCGUUUUCUCAGCACCCGUAUAAGUGCAACUUCAUUCAAAAUUUGGACUUUUAGCGCUUUUUUGUACAUCUCUGGAACGACUCCAACGAAUUUUUUAAUCUCUUCACAUAAUCUUCUUAAUGUAUAUAAUAAGGUCUGAAACUUUCAUUCCCUAUUUUCCAAUUCCCCAUAAUACACUCUGUUUGCCCCCCAAAUUUUGCAUAAACUAUUGUUUUUAAAUUCUCCUGGGAGUAUUGCAUUUUCCCAAGGGCAUUUUAAGACAAUAACUUAUGCAAAAUUUGGGGGGCAGACAGAGUGUAUUAUGGGGAAUUGGAAAAUAGUCAAUUGAGAAUGAUUCACUGCAACAUCUUAAAAUUUCAAGACAAACCUAUCCUACGAACCUGUCAAAAAUCUACGUUACAACAUACACUGUUUUCACGUUAUGCUAAUUUUCCCAAAAUAAUGCGCACUAUGCAUACCUCCAUGACUAGUACAGUACCUUUUAGUUUGAAUUUAUCGCAUCUUUUGAAUGUAAAACAUUGACAAUACUCACACGGAAAUGUACCAGUCAUGGAUAUAUGUAUUGUCCGCAUUAAUUUGGAAAAAUUAGCAUAACGUCAAAACAGUGAAUGUUAUAGCACGGAUUUAUGACCGGUUCGUAGGAUAGGUUUGUCUUGAAAUUUCAAGGUGUUGCAGUAAAUCAAAAUAUCGCUGAUUACUUCUAUUUUUACCUUACAGGGAACAAGGUGGAAGUCUGGUGGAGUUUAAAGGUGGUAAUAUCCAGUGUCGAAACAUAACGAACGUUGCGUCCAAAUGCCAGAACUAUGUACCGGACAAAAUUCAGUUUGUGACGGCUGGAAACCCACCUGGCUCCGGCCUGGGUCCGGAUCUGUAUCGGUCUCAGAGUUCUACUUCGCAGAAGGAAUAUUACUACUUUGAAGGAAGUACGAAGACCGUUAAUUGGCCUACCCAUGAUCCUUGUGGUACCAACAGCGAUAAAAACCAUCUCACCAACGUGGCUAACCCCCACGGAAACAUUUACAUCCGGGAGUAA